CACAACAGCCCAACCUUUUGCUGAGUUUUCUUAUCUUUUCUUCUCAGUUAUAUUUUCAAACCUGAAGCAAUUACUACAGCGCGAUCUUCAAACAAACACAAUGAAAUUUCUAGUCCCAGUGACAUUGCUGCCUUUGAUCCCUGGUGUUGUAUACGGAGUGAACUUUGAUGGAUGGUGCGCCACACAUUACGGGAGCGUGGGAAAACCAUGGGCGAUUUGCGGCAAGGCAGAAUAUUAUUACGACGACCCAAAACAAGGCAUAUCACGUUGGAGUGUCCGAUCGCAAGAUAAGUGCAAACUCUUGAAGGAUGACCCGACCGCAAUCCCGUUUUGCUGUGCGCAAUCAAUACGCAAGCUAGUCGAAAGCGGUUUUUGGGGUGGGCCUUCUGGCACUGCAGUGGAUGUUGUUAUGAUCAAGCAAGACUGUCACCAAUUAGCAUAG